GAACCCGUCAGUUGAUAGGACCCUGCAGAUUGCAUUUCUGAUCUUCACCUGUCCGCCUCCAGUUCAGCUUUACACCUGAAGUAACUCUGACAUAGUUUGGACCCAUUAUUAUUUUGCUAAAGGCAAAAUGGUCUCUCUCUUUGGCAGCAUCUUACUGUUGGCAUCAGUGGCAUUCUCGGGCACCGUACUAGGUGACUUGGUUUUCCGUUGUCCCGUCUGCUCCGCUGAGCGGCAGGCUGACUGUCCGAAGCUUGUGACAACUUGCUUGGAGAUUGUGAGGGAGCACGGCUGCGGGUGCUGUCCCGUGUGCGCUAGACUAGAGGGUGAAUCCUGCGGGGUCUACACCCCAAGAUGCUCUAGUGGGCUUCGCUGUUACCCAAAGCCAGACUCCGAUUUACCCCUGGAAGAGCUGGUGAAGGGAUCUGGAACUUGCGGACGAAGAGUAGACGGAGAAGGCACUGGGAGCCAGGAACAUGGAACUGGUAGUGAAAUGGUGGACCACUCAGAGGUGAGCCUGACGGACCACCAGCCUGAAGAGAGGAGCACAAAUGGUCAAUGGUUGAGUCCAAAGGAUAUUGCAGUUCGACAGCAUACCAAAGGGCUAAGCCUUAAGAUGCACACAGGAAACAGACUACAGGAUGAACCCAAAAGGCCUCGUUUGAAACCUAGUCAGUGCCAACAGGAGCUGGACCGAGUUCUUGAACGGAUCUCAAAAAUGCCCUUCAGUGAUGAAAGGGGUCCACUGGAGUACCUGUAUGCACUUCACAUCCCCAACUGUGACAAACAAGGGCUCUACAACUUGAAACAGUGCAAGAUGUCUGUAAAUGGCCAAAGAGGUGAGUGCUGGUGUGUGAACCAGCACACUGGAAAGCCGAUCCCAGGAUCUCCUGUGGUGAGAGGGGACCCCAGCUGCAAGCAGUACAUCACUGGGCUUCAGACCCAGCCUCCUAUGGCCUCUCAAAAAUAACCCUCCUGAGAAAAAGUGCUGGAAAUUCUAAAUGUUAUGGAGUACCAGGAUUUGAAGCAGUUAUACAAGUUACAGAUGUAUGUUAUAGUUUUGUUUGGAACAUAUAAGUCAAACCUCCAUGAUAUCACAAGAAAAAAUAAAGAGCAGGGAGACAUGGCAAAGGCAAAUGUAUGCACAAAAUCAAGUCACAAAAAUAAACUAGAAAUAAUUUUUUAAGGGUACAAAAUUGGCUGUAUUUUAUAGAUACAGAGUACAUUACAAGCAACAUAUAAUUUUUUUUAGAUCUCCUUUUUAGUAUUGCAACUAGUUUUCUAGCUAUUUAAGGCAAUGUUGUCCUUCAUUUGUUCAGCUGCUGUUGUUCAGGCCCAGUUCCAUUUUUAUUUAUUCAACUUUUCCUUUGGCAAUUCAGGCUGUCGCAGAAAAAGAGAAAUCUUUAAGAUUGGAAUAGUUUUGUUAUUGAAAUAUAACUAUAUGUUGUCUUUCAUCACUGCACCUCACUCCACUCCUUUCUACCAAGAUGGUUUAAUCUCACUUUGCUGUCAACAUCUCUUCUACACAUUGCAGUUCUCCUUUCGGUACUAGUGUACAGAACUCGACACUGUUAUUGUGCCAAUGGAUAGCACUGCCAGAUUUGUCACUGAGCCUUGUGUUAAAGAAUGAAUGCAUGAUUUUUUGGCGGCUAAAAUAACCCUGUUCUCCAAGCCCUUCUGCACUAUAAAGAACCAUGUGGCAUUAUCUAGGGGAAUAACUAAUGAAGUGCUGACAGAUAGCAAGAUUAGGAGAAAGCGAUUGACAUUGACAAAUGUGAUAUUAAGUGGGUUUGACUAUAUAAAAAAUUGUAUGUUUGCAUAUAUAUGCGUGCAAUGCUGACUGACUGUACAACACCUAGCUCUGUUAUACAUAUUUCCAAGUAAUGAUGGAGAAGCCACCCACACGUUUGUGCCCAGAACAUCUGAAAACAAUGCCAAGUACUGCACAAGUUCAAUGAUCUUGAUAGUAGUUGAUGGCCAAUGUUUUUAACAUAUAUGAAUAGCAGGUCUAUCUGCUGAUUUUAGAUAGUGUAACAGAAGGCCUUUACUAUAAUAUUUAGGUUUUGACACCUUACAAGGUAGCACACGUGCACAUAUAUACUCAGUUGAUUAGGAAAAAUGCCUUUAGUUAAGACCCCAUAAAACAUCAAAUACUCUAUUCAUUACAUUCUAUUCAUUACCAAAGAACUUCACAAAUGGCUAAUACAUUGUUUCUUUGAUUUUAGUUGGUAAUUAACUAGAAUAAAUGUGAUUUACCAGCAUUGAAUCUCUAAAAUAUGAAAUUGUUAUCUUAUAGAUUUGAUUCAUGUGUAUGUAAUUCACUGUAGUUUGAGUUUAAAUUAAAAAAUCUCUAAUGUUUAUUCACAUUGAACAAUUAAUUCUGGUGUGGGUGGACUCAUGUCCCAAAUUAUAGUUUGAACAGGAGCCACAGAGGUGUAUUAUUUGCUUUUUGGUGCAUCCAACUGUCACUCAAAGCAUUUUUAAAAUGAGAAUACAAAAAUGUUUUUUUUUUAAUACAAUAACAAAGAAAACUAUAAUAAUCCUGUACAAUUCAUCUAGGGAAAACAAAAUAAAAACAAAGUGCUUCUAUGCAUAUUUACAAAAUGCAAUUUCUUUUUAAUUUGAAAAAAGAGAAUGUAGACAACUAUUGUCUUUUAAAACAAAGUGAAAUUUGUAAUUCUAUUACAAAACAACAGAAGUAGAAUAAAUGAUCUGAAAACUUGUAGAAAAUCACUUAAUUAAACACAUAAGCAUUUUCCUUGAGUUUUGUAUAAUGAGUCUUUUAUAUAUUAUCAUUUAAUCCAAUAUUUUAUUGAAAAUGUUUUCAAACAAUUAGACAUUUUCUUGAUUUUUAUUUUAAUGUGACCUAAGUGUUAUUAAUGAGUGGAAUAUACAGUAUAUAUAUAUCUCUCUAAUGUGAUUUCCUGAUGCAGAUUUAUACAUUUUAUACUCAUGUCGAAAGGUGCCUUGAUUGCAACCACUGACCUAAACUCCUGCCUGGAAGCUGGAUAAGAUUUUUUUUGCCAAGAUGAACAAAUUCUUUUCAAAAUUAAUAGUUUUCAAUUUCUAAAUGAUCAGUCCUUCUUUAACCCUUUUUUGAAGAGUAGUUGUUUAAUGGAAUUGACAUUCAGUGCCAUAAGACCUGUACUAACAAAUUUAUGUCUUUUACAUGUGUGUCUGCUGAAUCACCACUAGAGCACAAUUUUGUGGAGGAAAUGUUGCCUCUGUUUUGUUUCUUUCUUUGAAUUCCAGCUCAGAAAAAACUUAUUUCUUCCUUGUUUACCAAUAAAUAUUUGGAACAUUUA